CAAACAUGAGCAAAUGUUGUGUAAAGAUUAAGAAGCUGCUUCCCCUCCCAUUUCUCUGCUCAAGAUUCCAGCAUCACCUGCAAGGCCCAUCGCAGAUAUCUGCUGUGCAAUGUCUAGUGUGUAUUGUUGUGUCCCUAUAUAACUCAUUCAGUGUCUACUCCUCUCAACUCUGAGAGUUACAGGCUCUGGAGUUGCACGCCAGAGGUUGCUGGAUAAGUGUAUAAUAAGAGAGGGCUACAUGCUAUUACAUAUAACAGGCACUUUGAUCUUGAAAAAUACAUGACACUUUCCCCCCAAUAAGAAUAAAAGAGCAUCAUCAAGUGUACUAUCACUUCAAUAUCAAUUGGUGGAUGAGCCUUCAUGCAUCUAACUGGCAGAACUUUCUUAUCACUUGGUGUCAGCACAAGUGUAACCCUUCUUGGAAUAGUCAGUCUACCCAUUCAGAUAUAAGCUGUUAUGAUAACUGAGUGUGCAACAGGAAUGUUGUAGUGUGAACCACCACAUUAGAAGAAUGAAUGGACUUUAAUAACCAGUUGAAAGCAGAAGUGCAUAAAAUCUCUGAAGAACAGGCAAUUAUCACAAAACAUUUCAUAGAGUUUAGUCACCUGCUUCUCCAUUUCAACAAUCGUUCGCUAGAGGUCACUGUUGCCUAGGGAAAUAUUUAAGAAGAAAGAACAUUCAGAGCUCCUCCCUCAGAGUGACUGAAAACCCUGCCUGUCAGAUUCACAAUGGUGCUAUCAAGCACAGAAUGCAAGAGCACCAGCGUCUAUUCACAAAUACCAAUUCAGAUGGGCUCCUUGGACUCUGCUCUACACUACAUUAAAGAAAAGGAUUUAUAAAAAGGAAGGAAGGAAGGAAGAAGACAACACUGCUGAUAUUUGUGGCUAUGCUUGCAAUGGUUGCCUGGCAGAAUGAUUCGGUGGCAAAGCAGCUCCUGCAGCUGCUUCUCCUCCACGCAGCCUGGAUGAUGGGGAGCGGCCAGCUCCAUUAUUCUGUGCCGGAGGAAUCCCAGCACGGCACCUUCGUGGGCCGCAUUGCCCAGGACCUGGGGCUGGAGGUGGAGGAGCUGGUGCCUCGGAUGUUCCGGAUGAUGUCCAAAGGACAGGAGGACUAUUUUGAGGUAAAUGUGCAGAAUGGGAUCUUGUUUGUGAAUUCCCGGAUAGACAGGGAGGAGCUGUGUGCCAAGAAUCUUGAAUGUGCCGUUCACCUGGAGGUGAUCCUGGAUAAGCCUCUGAGGGUUUUCCAUAUAGAGGUGGAGAUCAGGGACAUAAAUGACAAUGCCCCCAUUUUCUCUGCAAGUGAACAAGUUCUGAGCAUAGCAGAAUUUAUAACGGCACCUGGCACCAGAUUCCCUUUAGAGGGAGCUUCUGAUGCAGAUAUCGGCACUAAUGCUCUGCUAACCUACAAGCUCAGGCCCAAUGACUAUUUCAUUGUAGAACAGAAAACAGGUGACCAGCACAAUAAACCCUUAGCAAUUGUUUUAAAGAAGCCUUUGGACAGGGAAGAGGCUCCUGUGCACCGUCUUUUACUCACAGCCACUGAUGGAGGCAAACCAGAGCUCACAGGCACAGUCCAGCUGGUCAUUAAUGUGCUAGAUGCAAAUGACAACCCUCCUGUAUUUAACCAAUCAGUUUACAAGGUAACAUUAUUGGAAAAUGCAGCUACUGGAACAUUGGUUAUUAAGCUGAAUGCCACUGAUUUAGAUGAAGGAAUUAAUAAGGAGAUCUCCUAUUCUUUCACUAACCACGUGCCACUAAAUUUCCAAAAGAUUUUUACCAUAAAUUCCAAUACCGGGGAAAUAAUAGUAAAUGGAAGAAUUGAUUUUGAAGACAUUAGUGUAUAUGAUCUUCAGAUUGUAGCAGAAGAUAAAGGCAACCUUCCUUUGUCUGGACAUUGUCAAGUGAUAAUUGAGGUGCUGGAUGUGAACGAUAAUGCCCCAGAGGUGUCAGUCUCAUCCCUCUCUGUGCCAGUGCCAGAGGACUCCCCACUGGGGACAGUGGUGGCCUUAAUCAGUGUCUCAGACAGGGACUCUGGGGCCAAUGGCCAAGUAAGCUGCUCACUGUGGCCUCCUGGGCUUCCCUUCAAACUGGCGUCCACCUUCAAGAACUACUACUCACUAGUAGUGUCUGAACUCCUGGAUCGGGAGCAGGUAGCUGAGUAUAAGUUGAUGGUGAUGGCCCAGGACCAAGGUGUUCCACCACUGUCAGCAAGUGGUAGCUUAUUAGUUCCAAUUAGUGACAUAAAUGACAAUGCACCCACUUUUGCACAACCCUCAUACACAGUCUUUGUGAAGGAGAACAACCCACCUGGUGCUCACAUCUUCACAGUGUCUGCUUCAGACCCAGAUGUGGCUGAGAACAGCCUGAUCAGCUACUGGAUUGAUGACAAGCUCUGGCCCCUGACAAGCUACAUCUCAGUUCACUCGGAGAGUGGGAAGGUCUAUGCCUUGCAGCCCUUGGACUAUGAGGAGCUGAAGCUGCUGGAGUUCCAAGUGAGGGCCAAGGAUGCUGGGCUGCCUUCCCUGUGUGGUAAUGUGACUAUUCAGGUUUUUGUGGUUGACGAAAAUGACAACGCACCUGCAGUGUCAGGGACAACAGAAGAGAACCCCAUUCUCCUAGUGCUCCCUAUGGGGUCUGGGCACUCAGUGGGCAAGAUCCAUGCUCUGGAUGCUGACUCAGGAUACAAUGCAUGGCUGCGAUAUGAACUGCAUGAGGUGACAAGUGGACCAUGGCGCGUGGGCCUGUAUAGUGGAGAGAUCAGUACCAUACGUGCUCUGGAUGAGGCAGAAGUCAGCAGAAGUCAGAGCCUGCUGGUUUUGGUGAAAGAUCAUGGGAAGCCUCAACUCUCAACCACAGCCACACUGAGUGUGUCACUGGUAACCAGUGCACAGGCCAUCAAAACGGAUCCUCGCCUUUCCAGGACAGGUGAAAGCUCAAAGCCUUUGGUGGACAAUGUCAAUGUCUACCUGAUCAUUGCCAUCUGCUCAGUGUCCAGCUUGUUCCUCCUAGCAGUAAUCUUUUAUGUGGCCUUGCGAUGCCGUUGCCAAGCGAAGGAGGCCAUGGUGUAUGGUCCUGGCACAGCCACACUGGUAUGUGCCAGUGAAGUGGGCACCUGGUCAUAUUCGAAUCGCCACAGCCACAUCCUGGCAGGUGUGAGCGGGGAGGCUGGAGCCAAGAGUGACCUGAUGGUCUUCAGCCCCAACAUUCCUACUUCUGCUGAUAAUGGGAAGCAGCAGGACCUGCUUUGUGCAACGGUUAGUAUCUGACUUGGUUUCUUCUCUCUCUCAGCCAUUGUUCAAUCUCCAUAACAUUGAAUAAGUAUUUAUCCUAGUUAUUCAAUACUGAAUUUGAAAUUUUCUUUGUUGAAUUUAAUUUUGUAAGCGUCCACAUUGAUUUGCAAAUGGAUAAUUUAUGAGAAACGUGUAUUUCCCCCUCUUCAAUUCAGUUUUACUGGUGUUUUCUUC